CGCUGUUCGACUGACAUCGCUGACAUCUUUCUUUGUGCAACUUCUUAAAGUCGCUCUUGCUUGUGUAAAAUCCCGUUAAUUUGCUUUCGUAAUUUGUUUUAACAAAGGCUUUAACAAUUCGUGACGGUGAAGUGAUUUAUGAGCUACGUGACACAGGACGCUGGCCUCUGUGUAUGCUCAUAACUCCGUGCUAUAAUAAAAUAUUGUUAUAGUAAUUUAUCGAUUAACCUUCUUCAACAUAUUGUUUUCAAUGCUGUUUAUUUAUUAGUGCUGUGUGGUGACUUAGGAACUAGCAGCAGGAUUUUUGUGAGGAAGUGCAUCUCAAGACUGAGCCGUGUCUUGGGGAAAAAUCAACCCGGGCACUACGGUGGCCCCAGAAACACCCCCUCCGGCUCCCCAACCGCCAGAUGCUGUUGCAGGGGCGUUGGAGAUGACGGGCACAGACAAUAUCCGCUUUAGCGGGCACACCAUAGACAAGGCCACUAAAGCCAAAGUCACCCUUGAGAACUUCUAUACGAAUCUCAUUACACAGCACUAUGAGAGAAAGCAAAGAUUGGAGAAACUGGAGGAAUCGCUCAAAGAUGAAAGUCUCACAGAGAGUCAGAAACAGGAGAAGCGUCAGCAACAUGCUCAAAAGGAAACCGAGUUUCUUAGGCUCAAACGAUCGCGGCUUGGUGUAGAAGAUUUUGAGCCAUUGAAGGUGAUCGGCAGAGGGGCGUUUGGUGAAGUGCGUUUAGUUCAGAAGAAAGAUACGGGUCACGUUUAUGCUAUGAAAAUACUCAGAAAGGCAGACAUGCUUGAGAAAGAACAAGUUGCCCACGUGCGAGCAGAAAGGGAUAUUCUAGUGGAAGCAGACCACCAAUGGGUGGUAAAGAUGUACUACAGCUUCCAAGAUCCCAUGAACCUAUAUCUCAUCAUGGAGUUCCUGCCAGGUGGCGAUAUGAUGACGCUUCUAAUGAAGAAAGACACCCUCAGUGAAGAAUGCGCCCAAUUUUAUGUCGCGGAGACAGCGCUCGCUAUCGAUAGUAUACAUAAACUUGGAUUUAUCCAUAGAGAUAUUAAACCCGACAAUCUGCUACUGGAUGCGCGUGGGCACAUCAAGCUCAGUGACUUUGGCCUCUGUACCGGCCUCAAGAAGAGCCACCGUACCGAUUUCUACCGGGAUCUUAGCAGAGCGACUCCGUCUGAUUUCAUCUAUUUUCCAGUAACGACAUCAUCCUCGGCGAUGGAUUCGAAGCGACGAGCCGAGUCUUGGAAGAGAAAUCGGCGCGCCCUCGCCUACUCUACCGUGGGGACACCCGAUUACAUCGCUCCAGAGGUCUUUUUGCAAACGGGAUAUGGUCCACAGGCUGAUUGGUGGAGCUUGGGAGUCAUUAUGUAUGAGAUGUUGAUCGGAUAUCCGCCAUUUUGUUCGGAGUCGCCGCAAGAAACGUAUCGUAAAGUGAUGUCUUGGCGCGAAUCUCUCACGUUUCCACCAGAGAUCCCUAUCAGUGAGGAAGCCAGAGAGACCAUUCUUCGCUUCUGUUCUGAGCCUGAUCGCAGACUGGGUUCCCAACGUGGCAUUGAAGACGUGAAAUCCGUGUCUUUCUUCCGAGGCGUGGACUGGAACCAUGUACGCGAGCGCCCUGCCGCUAUCACCGUGGACGUCCGCUCCAUCGAUGACACCUCGAACUUUGACGACUUCCCAGAUGUGAAGCUCGAAAUUCCCUCAGCACCGAUCACUCAGGACGGCGAAGUAGCGUAUAAAGAUUGGGUGUUCAUUAACUACACGUUUAAGAGGUUCGAAGGACUCACUCAAAGGGGUACUCCCACAAAGAAGUGAACCCACUGCAUUAACGACACUUGAGCUUAAAAACUUCACCGCGCCAGAUAACUAAAAAUCACAGUGAGUAAACUAUUGAAAACCCACUACUGUACCAUAAACUUACCUUGUCCUCUCACGGCUACGGAUGAGUUUGUGAUAUUUUAUUAUUAUAUGUAAUACUUGUACAUAGCUGUAAGCUUACUGUUCCGUUCUGAGUAGUUUGAGUCACAUUUUCAUGGAGAACUUUUUUCAUAUAUAAUUUUAUUUUUCACGAUUAUCCUAUCGCUGUGUUCCUAAUAUUUUCUCGAGAACGGCUGGGCCGUGUCGAGUUAUAUGAUUUUUAUUUCUCUGGCGAGGUAUAAAUGUACUAACACUGUCUAUAUUAGAUUUCUUUUAAGUAUUUUAAUUUCGAUUGCGCCCGAAAUUUUUUUUUUUGUUAUUUAUCCGAUAAUUUAUAGUUACGUAACUAUAAUACGAAUUAA